AUGCGGCAGGAAGAUAGACAGACGGACAGACAGACAGACAGACAGACAGGACAGACAGCGGCAUGGCAGUAUCGGCUCCUGGCUUGUGGAGUUCGAUGGGGAUUGGGUAGGGGGUGUAUCAUUGCCCUGUGCGCGCGCUCGGAGCAUGCAUGCAAAGCUAAAGCUAAGUAA